UUAGUGUUACAAGGUCUCAGGUGUGAAUGGGGACCAGGUGUGUUAAAUUUGGUGUUAUCCCUCUUACUGGUCACUGGAAGUUCAACAUGGCACCUCAUGGCAAAGAACUCUCUGAAGAUAUGAAAAAAAGUAUGGUUGCUCUACAUAAAGAUAGCCUAGGCUAUAAGAAGAUUGCCAAGACCCUGAAACUGAGCUGCAACAUGGUGGCCAAGACCAUACAGCAGUUUAACAGGGCAGGUUCCACUCAGAACAGGCCUCACCAUGAUUGACCAACGAAGUUGAGUGCAGGUGCUCAGCGUCAUAUCCAAAGGUUGUCUUUGGGAAAUAGACGUAUGAAUGCUGCUAGCAUUGCUGCAGAGGUUGAAGGGUGCUCAGACCAUACGCCGUGCACUGCAUCAAAUUGGUCUGCA